AAAUAUUGCAGCCAUUUAACAAUGUAUCAUCUGCGGUUUAAAAACAGAUAGAUUGUUCCUAAGAAAGAGAAAGACAACUGCCGGCGGCGGCUCACCCUGGCCCACAUGGCAACACACUGAUAGUGAAAGUUGGAACCCGGGAACACAGUACACAAACACUAGUGGUUAUACGUAGGCGAAUAUUGCUUUUGGAUAUAUGAAGACUAACGUAUUUGUCAUGUGUUGAGAGAGUGCUGGAUCGGGAAGCCAGUUUCCCUAGGAGCUGAAGACACCGCAGACGAGGACAUCAGCUGAAGCGAGCGGCUCAGUCUCCCCAUCCAGCGGACGACCUCCGCCCUCUGGCGCCUCGCGAUGGCCCACGUCCACUACGACGCCUCCCGCGUGCGAGGCCUCUCCGUCAGGGACAUCAGGUUCCCAACGUCGCUAGAGGCCGACGGAUCUGAUGCCAUCCACCCAGACCCCGACUACUCGUGUGCGUACGUGAUCGUCUACACGGACACGGACAUCAAGGGCCACGGCAUCUCGUUCACCAUCGGCCGAGGAACGGAGCUCGUGGUGGCCGCAGUCAAGUCGUUGUCGCACAUAGUCGUUGGGAAGAACCUGAAGGACAUCUACGACGACUUCGCCGGCGUUUGGAGGUCACUCACCUCCGAGUCGCAGAUGAGAUGGGUCGGACCCGAGAAGGGCGUGCUGCACCUGGCCGUGGCGGGCAUCGUUAACGCUCUGUGGGACCUGUGGGCACGGCUGCAGAACAAGCCCUUAUGGAAGCUCCUUGUGGACAUGGAGCCGGAGAAGCUCGUCUCAACCAUAGACUUCAGAUACAUAGGCGAUGUGUUGACACGAGACGAGGCAGUGAACAUGCUUAAAGAGAUGGAAGCGGGGAAAGCAAAGAGAGAAGAGACUAUGCUGUCACAAGGCUACCCAGCGUACACCACGGCGGCAGGAUGGCUUGGGUACUCCCGGGAGAAGAUCGAGCGCCUGUGCCGGCAGUACAUGGCGCAGGGCUGGCGGCACUUCAAGAUCAAGGUUGGCCAGGACCUGGAGGACGACAAGCGCCGCUGCAGGAUCGUUCGAGAGCUCAUCGGCGACGACCGGACACUGAUGGUGGAUGCCAACCAGAAGUGGGACGUGGACCAAGCCAUCGCGUGGAUGCGGGAGCUGGCGCCCUUCAAGCCCAAGUGGAUCGAGGAGCCCACCAGCCCCGACGACGUCCUGGGUCACGCUGCCAUAGCUAAGGCCCUCAAGCCCUUGGGCAUCGGCGUGGCCACGGGGGAGAUGUGCCAGAACCGCGUAGUCUUCAAGCAGCUACUGCAGGCAGGCGCGCUCUCCUACUGCCAGAUCGAUGCCUGCCGGCUGGGAGGAGUGCAGGAGGUGCUGGCCGUGUACCUCAUGGCCAAGAAGUUCAACGUGCCGGUGUGCCCCCACGCGGGCGGCGUAGGCUUGUGCGAGAUGGUGCAGCACCUGCAGAUGUGGGAUUACAUCAGCGUUUCAGGCACGUCCGAAGACCGACUCAUCGAGUACGUGGACCACCUGAUGGAACACUUCAAGUUUCCGAGGAAGAUCAGGAACUGCCACUAUACAGCGCCCACUACACCUGGGUACAGCGUGGCCAUGUGGGAGAAGACCCUGGCGGAGUACGAGUACCCUUACGGCUCGGCUUGGAAGGAGCUGUUCGCCGAUGGCACGUACCAAGACCCGCGCACAGCGCCCCUACCUUGGGUUGAGCACCGAGAGCAAGACAGUUGCAUCACAGGGCGAUAGGCGCAGCUGCUGGCGGACGGACUCAGCGCCUGGACGACCGCUAUUGCCCUCGGGUUUUCAGUAGACCUGGGGCCAUUUUCUAACAUUUCCAUUUGAUAUUCCCAUAAAUGAUUAUUAUAUAUAUUUAUAUAUAUAUAUAUAUAUAUAUAUAUAUAAACAUAUACAUAUAUGUAUAUGUGUACACUCAAACACACACAUACACACAUACACACACACACACACACACACACACACACACACACACACACACACAUAUAUAUAUAUAUAUAUAUAUAUAUAUAUAUAUAUAUAUAUAUAUAUAUUUAUGUAUAUAUAUUUGCAUACACACACACAGACACACACACAUAGACACUCACACUUACUCAUGCUGACACACACGUGCACAUAUAUACAUAUAUAUAUAAAUAUAUAUAUAUAUAUAUAUAUAUAUAUAUAUAUAUAUAUAUAUAUAUAUAUAUAUAUAUAUAUAUAUACACUACUUUUGGGUUUUACAUUUCAUUAGAUAGAUUAAAGUGAUUGCUAGAGAUGAUUUGUAUAAAUAAUAUAUCGGGUUUAGUACAAUGGAUGUCUAAGUCAUUUAUAGAUAAGUGAUCAAUUGUAUAUAAAAGGAAUGUGUAGAUUGUAUUUGAUAAAAGUGCAACUACCUUGUAAUGAUAUAUAUUGUUGCUCAAAAUCAAAUUCUAUAUUUUGGUUAUGUAUUAAGGCAAUUAUAUAUAUAUAUAUAUAUAUAUAUAUAUAUAUAUAUAUAUAUAUAUAUAUAUAUAUAUAUAUAUAUAUAUAUAUAUAUAUAUAUAUAUAUAUAUAUAUUUAUAUAUACAUAAUCUUAUGCUAUGAAUGUGCUGUAAUUUCGGAUUUCUUUCUUUAAUAAAAUUUGGAAUGUGGUUGAAA